AUGACGCAAAAUUAUGUUUUUUCCGUCGAUAUCAAAAAUAUUGGACGUGGCCUUGACUUAAAAAAUUUAUCGCUUCUGGGGCCUGUGCAAAUUACUGCCACCUCGCUAUCAUUUGAAGAUGCAUUGCGAUUUACACAAAAUGAAGCUUCUUUGCUUGACAUCUUCUGCGAUUGUUCUGCUCUUCAAGACACAGACCACAUUAUCAAUUUAUUAAAUGCUGGCUGUACGAAAAUUCAUGUUGACAAGACAAAUUUGAAGAGGUUGAUAGAAGAAAAUGGUCUAGACAAAGAGCACCUUUCCCGUCUGAUAUUGUCUCUCACACCUUUCAAUGACACCAUAGAAGCGGGCGUAGCGGCGGAGGCUCUCGAACUCAUCGACAUGUACUCUAGAUACGUGCCACAAGGCUUGUGUUUCUGCGGUGGUCUAGAUCUCAUUAGAAGUGUCGGCUCGGCUUUAAAGGAAGAGUCCUCUAAGCCCAUAUUCUAUGUGAAACUCACGACAGCCAAUGUCAAUCUGAGCACCACAUGUGUUCACGAAGGAGCUAUCGCCGUCGUCCCUUCUGAGGCGCUCACCAACAAUCUACUAACAAAAGAGAAAUUGUUCCCAUUGUAUCGUUUGAUUACAGAUGUUUUACGGAGUGAUAGACCUGACGGACUUUUCCCGACGGUCGUGAGUGACGAUCGGGGCGUCUGUCUUGGAAUGGUCUAUAGUAAUCAACAAAGCGUUGCUAAAGCUCUAGAACUAGGCCGUGGGGUCUACUAUAGCCGUUCUCGAAAGAAGCUAUGGAUUAAAGGCGAGGAGAGUGGCAACUUCCAGGAGUUGGUUAACAUUUCUAUGGAUUGUGACGCCGAUGCGUUACAAUUCCGUGUUCGGCAAGCCGGAGAUGGUUUCUGCCACACAGGCAGGGCAACGUGCUUUGGAAGCUCUGACGGAAUCUCUCGCCUUGAGAAGACUCUGUAUAGUCGGAAAGUGACUGCCCCUAAAAACUCUUACACUGCCCGAUUGUUCAGCGAACCUAAAUUACUGCAAGCCAAGAUAAUGGAAGAAGCGCAUGAGCUUUGUGAGGCUACGAGUAAGGGCGAUGUAGCCGACGAAGCCGCUGAUCUGAUCUACUUCGCUAUGACAAAAUGUGUAAAGACUGGUGUCAAUUUCAAGGACGUGGAGAAAAGCCUUGAUCUCAAAAGUCUGAAAAUUACAAGACGAAAAGGCGACGCGAAGCCGCAUUGGGCGGAGCAAAUGGGUCUAACAAAUGUCGACAAAGGUACCAGUGAUACUGUGAACGGUGUCGCUCGAGAUCGGCCUGUUACUCAAACGCUUGAGGAAGCAGCUUCAGUGCCGAAGGCAAUCGGGGACCCAUCAGGUUUCCUGGAUGGUAAAAUUCGGAUGAGACGGUAUGACACCGCCAGAACCUCCCCAGAAACCAUAGUGGACGUUCUGCAACGCCCGUCACAGCGCGCAACGGACGAGAUAAUGAAUAUAGUGAAACCCAUCAUCAACAGAGUGCGCGACGGCGGCGACGGGGCACUACUCACUUAUACUCAUAAGUUCGAGAAAGCAGUUUCUCUCACCACUCCUGUACUAAAAGCGCCGUUUCCAGAACAUCUUAUGGCUUUGCCUCCUAAGACCAUUGAAGCUAUAGACACAAGCUUUAAGAAUAUAAGUUGCUUUCAUGCCGCCCAGAAGGAAGAAAAACCUUUGCAAGUCGAGACAAUGCCCGGCGUCAAUUGUUCACGUUUCUCGCGCCCGAUCGAAAGGGUUGGCUUGUACGUGCCCGGUGGAACUGCUGUCCUUCCCUCCACCGCACUUAUGCUUGGUGUUCCUGCCAUGGUUGCAGGCUGCAAAAGAAUCGUUCUCGCAUCUCCUCCCAGAAGCGACGGCACCAUUACUCCAGAGAUCGUCUAUGUUGCAAAUAAGAUUGGGGCGGAGAGCAUCAUCCUCGCCGGUGGUGCGCAAGCUGUUGCUGCUCUGGCGUAUGGUACGGAGAGCAUCAGCAAGGUUGAUAAAAUCCUGGGCCCAGGCAACCAGUUUGUUACCGCGGGUAAGAUGAUCGUGUCCAAUGAUACCACAGCCGGUGUGAGUAUCGAUAUGCCAGCGGGCCCAAGCGAAGUACUGGUCAUUGCAGACAAGACUGCAAAGCCGGCUUUCGUGGCAUGCGAUCUUCUCAGCCAAGCCGAGCAUGGUACUGAUUCACAGGUUGUCCUCAUAGCUAUCAAUCUCGAUGAGACCGAUUUAGCGGCGAUAGAAGAUGAAUUGCAUACUCAGGCUCAUGCGCUGCCAAGAGUUGAUAUCGUCAGAGGUGCCAUCGAACAUUCAGUAACGCUCGUCGUGAAGACCAUUGAGGAAGCAAUGAGAUACAGCAAUCAGUACGCACCCGAGCACUUAAUUUUGCAAGUAGAGAACGCGCAAGACGUAGUAAAGCUGGUGCAGAACGCGGGAAGCGUUUUUGUUGGACCUUGGACGCCAGAAAGCGUUGGGGACUAUAGUGCUGGUGUUAACCAUUCAUUGCGUAAGUUCCAGUCGCCCCUCAGGCGAUUCAAGCAAGCUAAAGGUGCCAUGUCAGCAACGUAUGGUUAUGCCAAACAGUAUUCCGGAGUAAACCUUUCCUCCUUCACUAAACACAUCACGAGCUCGAAAUUGACUAGAGAGGGUUUGAAGAAUAUCAGCGGUGCAGUCAUGGAACUUGCCAGAGUAGAAGAGCUCGAAGCACAUCGACGAGCUGUUGGUAUAAGACUGGAUCAUAUGACGUAG